AGGAUAAUUGUUUCCUUUUUUUCACCUCAUAGUUUCGAACAUUGUAGAAACGGGUAGUGGGAUAGUAUAAACACCAGACAUCAGCCAACUUUUCCUUCGCCAUCGACUCGCGGUAGGUGUGAAGAUGCUCUACGUACGGGUACUGGAAGCUUUUUUUUCCAAGCAAGAGUCAGCGAACAAUCUAGAGCUGCUGGAAACAGUAAAGGCUUUGUCGGAGGUGAAAACUUUGCUACCAGACCCCUGACCUUAGAGUAGAAUUUAAAAGAAAAACGAGAGUAAAAUCUCUCAUCCUUUCGAGAAAGCUCUGGGUUUGAUUGUAAGAAACCGCCAUCCACUCCCUUCACUCCGAUAGGCGGCAGUUUGGGGGUUUUUAUUUUCGAGGGCAUAUAAAUAAACAGCACACAGGGAUACACACAAGGAUGAGCAUUGCUACAUACAGCCACCCAACGAACACCACCUUUCUGAAAUGUCCACAGAGUAUGUCAAGUAAUUUGACAAAAAUGGUUGACAGACAGGUGGCAAAUCACACUUUGGCGAAUGUGUAAAUAACAAAACAAGUAACUGCGCCCAGGUGACCAAGUCUAGGAAGUUUUAGUCCAGUUGUGGUUGCAGUCAGUCUUCGAUUCGGGUUUUUAAAAGAAAAACUUCUUUGUUAAUCUCUCUCAACACUUUCCCUUACAUGCAUUAAGCUCAUACGAAGCCUGCUUAAAUGUCUUCAAAUAAAAAUAAGGAAAACUCGCCAUUCACAGUUGAUUGAAUGGCAUCCUGUUUACAAUCACUGAGGUAAUCAUUAAUUCUGAAGAUACGAGCGCCACCCAGUGUCGUUGUCUGCCCUUGUCGUUGAGCAUGAAGGUGAAGGAGCGGAGUAUCCGACAUGGAUUCCAACAGAAUGGUGGCUUCUGGCUUUGCCUGUCUUGUCUUUUACAUUCUGCCUGCUGCAGUCACAGAUUCCAUUUGCUCCUGCCAAAGUUAUACUUCUUGCAACUUCAGCCUCAAUGAUUUUCAGCCGAGUCGUCUCAGAAAUGUCGCGAUAGGAAAACCAACAAAAAUGAGUUCACAGUUGAACAGCUCAGUUUAUAACCAGACAUCAGGUCCACCUUGUCUCGCUGUGGACGAUAAAACAGAAGGCAUCUUUAGACCUAUUAACCAAUUUCCGGACAGUCCUAAUUGUAUACAUACGGGUGAUAAUGACCGUGAACCCUACUGGGAGGUCAACCUGGGUGAGCCGUAUGCUAUUUCCUCCAUCAUCAUCUACUGGAGAAGUACAGAUCUCGCUCGCAGUAAUGGAGUGAACGUGACCGUGGAUGGACAGCUGUGUUACACUUUCCAAGGUCCAGCUGUUACUUUGUCUUCAAACAUCAUCUGUGAUACUUGGCUCACUGGACAAACAGUACGACUGUCAAAGGCGGACAUGACUUUGAACCACUACUUCCUCACUCUCUGUGAAAUUGAAGUGAUGGUCUGCUGUCCGGGGUACUUUGGACGUGAGUGUCAAGAAGUCUGUCCAGAACCAGUCUGCAAGAACAACCAGGUCUGUAGUCCUGUGGAUGGAACAUGCCCUCAGGCUGGAGCAGUCAGCUCGCCAUCUGACAAUGACAUGACAAAGGUGGCACUGCCAGUUGUAGGUUCCCUCCUAGCUUGCUGUAUUCUGGUUGGACUCAUCGUGGCGAUUGUUUUUUGGCUGAAGCGUGCUAGAAACCACCAGCACGAACCUACUACAAGACCCCAAAGUAGAAUUGUAUAUGAAGGGUGUGCUGAGACCUUUCAGAUCGCAUUUUCUCCUGACUACAUCAAUACAAGGUGGGACAAGGAAGUACCAAUGAGGACAGGAAAUGCCUUCAAUCCUUUUCCCAGACACACACAUGAAGAAGGAGACUCCUCCGCCCUCGGCAUGAGCUCCCUUGACAAGGAUGUGUACGAGGAAGUUAACUUUCCUGUUUGACUAUUUAACAGUUGCCAGAGGGGGAAAAUAUUUUACAUAUUGCCUCAGUAUGAGACAAAACACUAAGUGCAGGUGAAAGUAAGUGAUGAGGAAGGAGUGCUGCUUUUUAAAGCGCUUUGAUGUUAUUUCUUAUCUAUUACUAUAAGUUUAUUUAAAAGUAAUAUGUCAAUCGUAAAAUUAACAAAUGAAAUUCUAUUUAUUUAUAUUUCAAAUUGAUAGUCAUUCAAAAAGGUAAUUUAGCUUAACAAUUGGCACUGUAAGCCAAGAAAUUAAUACAAACUUUGCUACUGGUAAAUCCCGAAUAACACUUUCAUAUUCAAUUUUUUCUUAAUGUGGUUUCAUUAAUAUUGGCUGUUAAUAAUAAUUCUGAUGGACUGCAAGAGAAACGCUACUCUUCAAAAAGAAUGCAAAGAAUCAAUCUAACUGAAAGACUCAAGUCAUUCGAAGUAGUCAAACCAAAACUUCACAGAAAGUUGUGUGUGUGUUUGUGUAUGUGAUUAUAAUCAGGUGCGUGCUUAGGGGCAGGUAGACGAGGCAUCUGUCGAGGGCCCCUCACAUACCCUGUCUCGGGCCCCGCGGGGGCUGAUUAUAAUAAACAAGUUUGGAUGACACGAUAUAUACGUUGACUUAAUGUGUCCUUGUACUGUUGAUAUCUGCUUUUUUAUUAUGAUUAUUUUCAUUUUUGCAACACCAUGAGACCAGGAAUGUAUGUUACAAUUAUAAAUAAUGUAAAGGUCUCUCUCGUCUUGCUAUCUUUCGUUGUUAUUUAGUGAAUUAAUUUUGCUGAAAAUAUUUGUAUUAUAAAGAUCACCUAGUUCAUAAUUAUUUUAAUUAAUUUAUAAUUUUACCAAGUGGGUACUUAAAAUUUGUUUGAAAUAUUUGUCAAUAGACACUUUAAUGUCCAACCUCGCUAGAAGGAGCAGCAACAGCAGCCGACACAUUCAGGGGAGUGAAUCGCACGCACAUAUGUAUUUUUUUUUUUGCUCGGGUGAUUCGAUUGCUUCCCAUGUUACGUUCGCAACCAAGUCUUCAAUCAUUUCACUUAAAUUUUGAAGUAUUUGGAGUCUCUUCUUGUUAUAUAGUUAUCUAUAUGGAUAGAAAUUCUAUGGCAUGAUCUACAGAUACAUGAUGCCCGAAUUUCGACGACCGUUUUUACAAAUCUAAAAGCGAACGUUGCAACUGUUUAUAGCUUCGAUGAUGUCACUGAAAAACAUGGCUGCCUUUUUGUUUUGUCCAAGACCUGUGUUUUAGACGCGAUUGUAAGGAAACAGUUGUAUUGCA